CGCUGUUGGUGGUGGUGGUUGUAGUGCCCGACUAUUCGUUACCCCGAGAGUGCAACAUGUAUGUCAUCAGCAGAGGUCGCCGAAUCGCCCCGCGCCAAGCAUGGUUUUGACAUCGGACAGGAGCGACAUUCCUCCCAUGUCCUCGUGGAAGCUUCCAUGGGAAGCGAGACGAGAGACGAGAGGGUUGCUGGCCGAUGGAGGAUAUGACCCCGCAGCGAUGGACAGCUACUUCGAGCUGCGUCCGGAACGGGCGUUGGUUCGCGUAGCACAGAUUCUCGUGGAGGUUUGCGGCGUCCUGCUUGCCCUGGGCAUGGACUAUCUCGUCAGCGGCAACGACGCCGACACCGGCAUUCGCAUGCCCACGCGCAUCCGGGAAUCGGUGACCCGCCUCGGACCCAACUUCGUCAAGAUCGGGCAGGCGCUGGCUUCGAGACCAGACUUGGUGGGGGAGGCUAUCGCCGGAGAGCUGUUGCUCCUGCAGGACGCGAUGCCGCUGUUUUCCAACGAAGUGGCAAGGAGGUUUAUCUACGAGGAGCUAGGGGACUACCCGGAGGACAUCUUCGAAUCUAUGGGGGACACCCCUGUGGCGGCUGCGAGCCUGGGUCAGGUUUACAAAGCCCAGAUAAACGGCAGGCCCGUCGCCGUUAAGGUUCAGCGGCCGGACCUGCUGGAGGCGGUUGGACUCGACUUUUACGUGGCACGCAGGGUUGCGGAUGCCAUCACGCGGCUGUCGAGGAGCUCCAGCUUUUUCGGGGGCCGGCUGGUCGUCCGUAGCGACCUUGUGGCCGCGGUGGACGAGUACGGGUCGAGGCUGUUCGAGGAGCUGGACUACAGGAAGGAGGCGCAAAACAUGGUGCAAUUUCGUGAGCUAUACCAUGCUAUGCCCGGCAUACUUGUUCCGAAGGUGCUGCUAGACUACAGCGCGAAGCGAGUCAUAACGUCCGAAUGGAUCGAGGGAGAAAAGCUAGUGAACAACCAGGCGCAGGUCAGCCCGGCGGACCUCCCCAUCCUCCGGGUGGGCAUCGAGUGCACCCUAACGCAGCUUCUCGACAAGGGCUUCCUGCACGCGCCCCAGACCUCUACCUGCGCACGGUCCUAUGAGACUAGCGAAUGUCACGCCUGGGCGUCAACCUCGCACUCAUGCCACGCCGCCGUAAAUCGAACACCGACAACCGCCGCACCAACGACGUCACCGGCAGCAACACCAAUCGCAACAAUCGCAACGACCGUAACAACCGUAACAACCGUCGCCGCGACCCGCCCGAUAGCCGCCCCAGCUCCCGCGCCUGCUGGCAGCAACCUUACCCGCAAGAGGGCGGCUCUCCGCAAGCGGGCGCGAGCGGCAGCGGCUGCCGCCGCCGCUUGGAAUUUCCAGGAGGGCAUGCUAAAGCUAUUCCGCGUAUUGUCUGACUGCGCCGUGCGACGGUGCUGUCCUCCUUUGAGCCGUUUGGAGGGUACAGCGGGCUCGGGGGAGGCCGUAGCGGCGGCGGCAGCCGCUGCAGCUCGCGUUCGCUUGCGGGGAGCCGCCCUCACGCGGGUAAGGUUGCUGCCAGCGGGCGCGGGCGCUGCCGUCACAAGUGAGAGCGUGCGCUUGGCCACGGAGGCACUCACCGACACUUCGCGGUAG